CUCCCGGUGCUCCAGGAUGGGAUGGCAAGAUUGUUGCCACACUUUUUGGCUAUUUUGAUGCCUUUUUCACCCCCCAAGAGUGUUGUAAUGCAUGUAUUGUUACUGAUGCGCAAUGGUCUGGAUGGUACUUCUUGAAUGGGGGGCAGCCGGGCGUAAAUUUUGGAUGCUUUAUGGCCAAUACUCAAGAUUUGUCCGAGAUCUGUGAUGCCGCGACGACGGUAGUAGGAAUAGCUGAUGCUGGAAGAAUUCGCUGUCCUGGUGGUACUCCAG